AUGGAGGCAAACGACGAAAUGGACACGACCCAAGAAGCCGCAGCAGAUCCCGCACCACCCGCAGCAGAGCAAAAUGGAAGCCCCGCCGGUGCGAGCGAAGGCCGCUACGCCUGCGAGCACUGCAACAAAUCCUUCGGCCGCCGCGAACAUUACAAGCGCCAUCAGAACAUCCACACUGGAGCGAAACCAUUCCCAUGCCCCCUCUGCCCCCGAGCCUUCCCCCGAAAGGACACCCUCCAGCGACAUGUUCUGAUGCACGGCAAAGCGGGGCCGGAGGCGCUCCCGGCCAAAAUCCGUCUCAGGACUUCUCGCGCCUGCUGGCCGUGUGCCAAGUCCAAGAUGCGCUGCGACGGCGAGGAACCUUGCAGUCGAUGCCAGAGUCGAGGCGUUAGGUGUGGACGGCGGCCGACCUCGUCUGGAUCUGAUGAUGUCGAUGCUCUUAUGCAGUCGUCGUCGGGACUGUUCGGUCGCGGUGAGGGAAGCGAGGAGUAUGGGCCUAGCCUUUCUCGCUUGCUCCAAGGGGCCGCCGAUACUUCGGACACCCCUCAAUGGACGCCUUCAAAUGGGGACGCCAUACUUGCGAACGCAGCACGACAAGCGCCGAAGAGAAACAACGAGAUGACUGCCAUUGGAGCAGAGAAUCCGAAGCUUGUCCCUGAGCUCCAACCGGCAACAUACGUCCGAAUGCGUCAAUUCUGGGAGAGCCCAGGCUCUGGCCUACCGAGACUGUCAAGCAUACCCACCGUGGAGGCGAUGAACGUCUUCAUUCAGCUGUACUUCGAGCAUUUCCAUGCGCAGUUUCCGGUUCUACACAUGUCGACUUUCCAGCCCAGGGAGGAUGUCUGGAUGUUGGUCCUCGCUGUGGCGGCGAUUGGCGCGGAGUAUUCUAGUCACUGCACGCAGGAGCUCAUGGAAUGGUUUGAGCAGGUCGCAAGGAAGGCAGUCUCACACAUUAUUGCCUACGAAGCAAACCGACCGAACAUACCCAUUUGCCAAAGCGUGCUUCUCUUCUCGAUGCUUCUGUUACCUUCCGGUUCCGAGGACCAUGCUCUAUUCCUCCAGCACCACGCGUCGCUUUUGGCCACACUCAGCCGCAACCUGAUCGCUCGUCGCAUUGCGGACGACUCUCAUACCGAUGGUCCUGAGGUAUACUUGAUGAGGUGGACCUACUUCGCCGACAUUGAGCAGGAGCGGAGAUUCAUCAACUUCUCUUGGUUCUUCGAGUGUAUACAGUACCUCGCUUCCGGCGUGCCUCCUGUCUUGGCCGCGCAAGAGCUUACGCGAACCUUGCCAUGCGACGAGCAAUUCUGGUUUUGCGCUUCUGAGACGGAAUGGCUUGACAAGUACCAGACUGCUGCGCCUAAGAAGCAAAGCCUGGCUGCAGUCAUAGCACAACCGCUGACGAGUGAGAUUGUCGAAGAGCUGGGCAACUCGGCGUUGACCACUACUUUCCUCACACUGCUGGUCGAACGAAAACGAGUCAAGGAAGCUGUCAACAUCUGGUACCAGUCACGCCUUGAAAACACGACCGAAGCUGAUACUGCAGCUUUCGCUCAAGCCAUCGACGCUGACAUGGAGUGCGUUGAGGAAGAGUUUCAGAAACGCAGCACCCACGGUCGGACUCGGUCAUACCUCUACCUGGCUUCGAUCUUGAAAAUCGCCCCGCUCGAUCUCCUUCGCCAUGCAGUGGGCAUCGCAGCGCCUCAGGGAAUGAGCGGCAAGGCGAAGAAAGAGCUCACAUCUAUCUUCAAAGCGCAACCUACCGCAUCUCGAACAGCCCUGGUGUAUGCGGCCGAACUGUUCAGCGAGAUGCGAACCGCCAAGAUCAUCACCCGCUACGACGUCCGCAUCCUCGUUCCAGCGGCACUAUACAUCUCGAACUGGAUCUCUCUGGCGCCCGGAAAGCGUCAGGGUCGUGACGAUGUCGACGCUGUAAGAAUCGACGAGGGUAUUGGAUCGACUGCCGUGCAGAACUGGGUGUCGGUUGGUUCUGGUGGGAAAGUUCAAGUCGAUGGUAUUGGGAUUCUCGAGGGAUCACAAGCUGCGAUGCGGGCGCUUGAUGGAGCUGCCAGGUUGUUGCAGGCGAAGGCACAGACGAGUUUGCUGGGGAGAAGUAUGGAAGUUAAUUUGGUGAAUGCUGCUAAUGGGAGGGAGGAAUGA